CUAUUCAAGGACCAUUCGCGUUGGGGCCGCCGGGCUGCGAAGACGGUGGAGAUAAACAGCAACGAGCGAUGAACACCUUGGCCGCAUGCCUGCUGCUGCUGCCGCAGGCGCUUCAAGCAGCUCACUUCUCGGCCACAGUGCUGCACACCAACGACGUUCAUGGACGCUUCGAGCAGGUGACACCCUCCGGCACGCGCUGCACGAAGCAGGCUUCCGAGGCGCACCAGUGUGUCGGCGGAAUCGCGCGCCAGAAGACGCUGGUGAUGCGCGCCAAGGCGUCUGGCGCCAACGUGCUGUUCCUUAACAGCGGCGACUAUUACCAGGGAAGCAUUUGGUACUACUUCCUUGGCGCCCAAAUCGUCGUGGACGCCGUCAACUACCUCGCUCAUGAUGCAAUGACACUGGGAAACCACGAGUUUGACCAUGGUGCCGAUGGGCUGGCGCCCCUCUUAACUGGAAGCCAAGUGCCUAUCUUAGCCUGCAACGUUGACUUCACUGAGGAACCACAGCUUAGACAACUACAGCCAAGGGCCGCCCUGACAGUGGAGCGUGCAGGCACCAAGAUUGGCCUUAUCGGCUACUUGACGCCGAAUACCACAUUUCUGUCGAACCCUGGGAGGGUUCGCUUCACCGACGAAGUGGAGUGCAUCCGGCGGGAGGCGCAGAGGUUGCGGCGCGAGGAAGGCGUGCACGUGAUCAUCGCCAUGGGCCACUCGGGCGUGCCUCGGGACGUGGAGAUAUGCGAGCGAGUGCCCGAGGUCAGCCUCGUCGUCGGCGGCCACACGCACACGUUCCUCUACUCGGGACCUACGGCGGAUGGAGGUCUGGUGUCAGGUGAUAAGCCUCAAGGUCCCUACCCCAUAGUGGUGGAUCGUGUGUCCGGCUCCCGCUGCCUGGUGGUGCAGGACUUCUACAUGGGCAAGUACAUGGGCAACAUCUCCGUCACAUGGGAUGAUCGCGGAGAAGUGGUCCGGUGGAGCGGGCAGCCAACGCUGCUGGACAGCAGCGUCCCCGAGGAUUCCGCCGGUGUCGCACUUCUGGAUCGCUACCGUGACCGUGUCGCACAAGGACGAGCAAUGGGCGUGGCCGAGAGCAAGGUGUAUCUGCAGGGAGAUAAGCCGACGUGCCGCCUGGCGGAGUGCAACCUGGGCAACCUCAUUAUGGACGCCUUCCUGAAGAAGAUGGCUUCGCUACCCAGUCCGCGAGGAGCUUGGACAAGCGUGGCUGCUGUCAUUGCUAAUGCAGGCGGAAUCAGGGCGUCUAUUGAUGAACAGAGCACAGGUGGGCUGGUCACUUUCGAGGAUGUGGUGAACGUUCUUCCGUUCGGCAACACGCUCGUGGUGAUGAACGUGAGCGGGGCACAGUUGAGAAACCUCCUCGAGCAUGGUGUCCACCGGCACGACGCCAAGGGAGAGGUGCCACCCGCGGAAUUCCUCAUCACCGCUGGGCUGCGCGUGGUGUACGACGUGCGACGAAAGCCUUACGAACGCGUGGUGGACGCGUUCAUUUUGUGCGCUGACUGCCGUGUGCCUCGGUUUGAACCGCUGGAAGAUGCACGGCGUUACCGCGUGGCUGCCAUGAGCUACAUUGUGCGCGGAGGCGACAACUUCAAUUUCUCUUUCGUCGCACCCAGUGAUAUGUACGACACAGGUUUCGAGGAUGCUCAGAUAGUCGUGAGCCAUAUGAACGCCACAUCGCCGCUCACAACUGCAAUCGAUGGCAGGGUCACCUUUCUGAAGUUGCCGACCGGCCAGACCUCUGCUUCGGAUGGGCGCUCUGCCCCGGCUCUUGCCUCCCACGUAGCUUGCCUACUGCUCUUUGUGAUUUUUACAUGUUCCAUGACCUUUAGCGCACAAUGAACAAACAAAGGUUGUUCGACUUUUCACUUGCAGCGCUCACAGGGCACGCUGAAUGUGCUUGAAGCAGGCAAUCGCUAAAUAUCACAGCGGACAGAGCACAUACCAAUUUGUAUUGUAAAUUCCUAUACAAUUUCAUACCGAAGCCUGUAUAAUAAUACUUACGUCGUAGCUACCAGGGCCCUAGCGAGCGCAUGCACAUUGCGCCGUGGCAAUUACCGGGAAGCAUGCCUGGCGCUCAUUAAGACUAUUACGUACUCCUUGUAAUGAAAAGUGUGACUGCAUUAUUCCACCGCAAAGAAAUAAAAAUGCCAUUUUUCGUAAGCAA